AUGGGAAGCGAAGGAUCGAUUGUGAGGAAGCCAAGGUUUCUGUGUCUCCAUGGAUUCCGUACGAGCGCAGAGAUUAUGAAGAUACAGCUUCACAAAUGGCCUCAAUCUGUUAUUGACCGACUCGAUCUCGUCUUCCUCGACGCGCCUUUUCCUUGUCAAGGCAAAUCCGAUGUCGAAGGCAUCUUCGAUCCUCCUUAUUACGAGUGGUUUCAGUUUAACAAGGAAUUCACGGAGUAUACGAAUUUCGAGAAAUGUUUGGAGUUCCUGGAGGAUCGUAUGAUCGAGCUUGGUCCCUUUGAUGGUCUCAUUGGGUUUUCCCAGGGAGCAAUUUUGUCUGGGGGCUUACCAGGACUGCAAGCUAAGGGAAUUGCACUCCAGAAAGUGCCAAAGAUUAAGUUUGUCAUAAUAAUUGGAGGGGCUAAGUUCAAAGAAACCAAAGUGGCGGAGAAUGCGUAUUCGUCGUCCUUGGAAACUCUCUCCCUCCACUUUUUAGGAGAGACAGAUUUCUUGAAACCUUACGGGAUUCAGCUGAUAGACUCGUUCAAGAAUCCAGUGGUCGUCCAUCAUCCCAAAGGCCAUACCGUCCCGAGGCUUGAUGAGAAAAGCUUGGUCAAAGUUAAUGGUUUCAUCGACACCAUUGAACAACUCGUGACGGAGGAAGACAAGAACGGUGAAGCAAAUACUUGUAAGCCUAAAUAG